AUGAAAAACAAUAUUGGAAUUGGGGAUAAGGAGAAAAAAAAAAGUGAAUUUGAAUAAUAAAAAAGCUUAGCAUUAAGAUUAAAGAAAAUGAACAAAUUUGGGGGAGCUAUUUAAUAAAACCCUGAGUAUUAUUUUAAAAAAGCCGAUGCUUUAGAAAAAAUGGGCAUAUUUGAAGAAGCAUUGAAAUAUUAUGAUUUGGCUAUUAAGAUAAAUCCUCAUAGUCCAGAAUAUUAUGAGAAUAAAGCUGAUACUUUAAGAAAAAUGAAUAGAUUAGAAGAAGCAUUGGAAUAUUAUGAUUUAGCAAUUCAAAAAAACCCUGAAAUUGCUAUGUAUUAUAAUAAUAAAGGUAUUUUCAAUCUGAAUAAUAAACAAGCUUUUACAUUAAAAAUGAUGAAUAGAUUUGAGGAAGCAUUAAAAUAUUAUGAUAUAGCCAUUUUUAAAAGCCCUGAGACUUCAGGAUAUUAUAAUAAUAAAGCUUUUACAUUAAAAAUGAUGAAUAGAUGUGAGGAAGCAUUAAAAUAUUUUGAUUCAGCUAUUUGGAAAAAUCCUUAAAAUUCCGAUUAUUAUAAUAGUAAAGCGGAGAUGUUAAAUAAACUUAAAAGAUUUAAAGAAGCAUUGAAUUAUUAUAAUUUAGCUAUUUAGAUAAAUCCUGAAAAUUAAGUCUAUUAUUAUAAUAAAGCGAUUACAUUAAAUGACUUGGAUAGAUUAGAAGAUGCAUUAGAAUAGUUUGAUAAAGCAAUUUAGAAAAACUCUGAGAAUCAUCUCUAUUAUUAGAGUAAAGCUUUUGUUUUAGAUAGAAUGAAGAGAUUUAAAGAAGCACUUAAUUAUUACGAUUUAUCUAUUUCAAAACAACCAGAGGAUUCAGAUAACUAUUUUUACAAAGCUAAAACUUUAAUGAAUGUGAAUAGAUUUGAGGAAGCAUUGGAUUAUUUUGACAUUGCGAUUUCGAAAAAUCCUGAAAAUUCAAACUAUCAUAAUAACAAAGCCAAUGCUUUAUUUAAGAUGAAUAGAUUUACAGAAGCAUUAGAAUAUUAUGAUUUAGCUAUUUAUCAUAGCCCUGAAGAUUCUACCUAUUAUAAUAAUAAAGCCAAUGCUUUAUGUUUACUGAAUCAAUUUGCAGAAGCAUUAUAUAAUUAUGAUUUGGCAAUUUAAAAAAACACUGAAGAUUCAGAUUAUUAUCAUAACAAAGCGAUUACAUUAGAUAAAAUGAAUAGAGAAGAAGAUGCUUUGGAAUAAUAUAAUUUAGCUAUUUUGAAAAACCCUCAAAAUGCACUUUACUACAACAACAAAGCCAUGACAUUAAAGAAAUUGAAUAGAAUUGAAGAAGCAUUGGAAUAAUAUAAUUUAGCCAUUUAAUAAAACCCUGAAAAUCACAUUCUCUAUUUUAACAAAGGUAUAAGUUAAUCUGCAUAAUUUCUAGCGAGUUCUUUACAUAUAAUAAACAGAUUAUAAGAAGCUUUAGAAUGUUAUGACUUAGCUAUUUAGAAAAACCCUGAUAUUUCCUUUUAUUAUUCAAACAAAGCUAAUGCAUUAGAGAGAUUAAAUAAAUUUGAAGAAGCAUUAAAAUAAUAUGACAUAGCUAUUUAAAAAAACCCUGAAAAUUUCAUGAACUAUUUGAAGAAAGCAACUAUUUUAGAUAAACUGAGUAGAUUCGUAGAAGCAUUGGAAUAUUUUGAUUCCGCUAUUUAGAAUAACCCUGAAAAUUCUGAGGUUUAUAGGAUGAAAGCCAAUACUUUAAUUAAAUUGAAUCGAUUUGAAGAAGCAUUAAAAUAUUAUGAUUUAGCUAUUGAGAAAAAUCCUGCCAAUCAUGUCUAUUAUACAAAUAAAGCUGAUACUUUAAAAAAAAUGAAUAAAUUAGAAGAGGCUUAGAAAUAUUAUUAUAUUGCUUAUCAAAAAUAACCAAACAAAGGGUUUGAUAACACUAAUUAUAAUUCCGUAAAUAAAACAUCAUCAUUAAUUUGA